AUGAGCGAGAAUGAUCGUAUGGUAUCCGAAGUAGACGAUGGUAUGCUGUGUAUAUUGUCUGUGCUCACUCUAACAUCUUCUACUCACUCGCCAUUGAACUUUCAUUUGAUUGAAUAUCUAUGCUGGUGCUUUUCUUUAGGAGACAUUAUGAUUAAAUACCUUCGCGACAAGAUCAUUGGCCAUCCGGCGGUCUUUUCACGUGCAGGAGAAUUACCAAUUGAAGAUAUGCCGCCGAUGAAACGAACCAAUUCUCAGAAUAGUUUGAACGAUUUGAUGUCUGCAAGUACUAUAUCGAACGAUACAACCAGUCAGGUUGAAAAACUUCUCGCUGCUGCUGCAGCUGGCCGACGACCGACAUCAUCGUCAUCACCGAUCAUCAUUCCCAAAAAGCCAUCUCGUUCGAAUGCAUCAUCUCAUAGCUCUUCGUCAUACACAUCCGUCGUUGAUCAAAUGUCUUCAUUCGGAGAGUCUUCAAUGCCAUCAGAUGAUGUUUCAAUGCCAACACUGCCAUCCGCUUGUCAACAAUUAGAACAUUCAGCCGCUCGAGAUCGUAUUUCAGUUAAAAAUAAACGACGACAACCGCUUAAACAAAAAUUGAGUACACUUCGAGAAACGGAUGACAACGAUGUCGAUUUAUUUGCAUCCAAAAUUGACGCUAUUUCAUCAACACCUGAUGAUGAACAAUCAAGGAUAAUGAUGACAAGUCAUGUGGAGCCGAAAAUUUUGCAACCAUUGUUUGAUUCAUCUGACUUGGAUUCUGCUCGAGCACGGCUUCGAAUGUCUGUUCGUCCGCGUGAUCGUUCAGCAGAUAAUAUCUUGUUAGCAACUAACACAAAUAUGACUAGUGAAACAUCUUCUACUCGCCCGACGCUUGCACCAGUGAACAGCAGUCCUAUUCAGCGUUCUGUUAGUUUCAAACGACCACAGGAAAUCAAUGAUAUCAAAUUGAAACCUCGACCAAUUUUAAAGUCAAGAAAAGAAGAAUCUCGCAAGAAUGAUUUACCAUCGACAAAGGCAAUGGAGAAUGAAUCAACAUCGGUUGAUCCACCGAACCAUGAUGAAGAAACACAAAGUUUGAGUCGAUCACGUUCAUCGUCUCAAGAACAUAUCUAUGAUAAUCUUGAUGUUUUCAAACGUCCGAAACCAACGAAUAUCAUGCCCUCGCAUGAAGAUGAACCGUCACCAGCUACGUAUGUUAAGACAAGAGAACACCCUGUAUCAACACCCCGCUUGCGUCCAACAACCAUGCUAGUGCCAACUAACAAUGACAAACCAUCGACAAAUGAGUUUGAAAAUGUGUUUAAUCAAUUUAAAAAACGUGGGUCAAUCCGUCGUGCUCCAGCAAACGAAGAAACUGCAAUUGCACCUGUCCCUGUUGAAGAAGCUCGUGCGCCUACGCCUCCACCGUCUGCUGUUCCUGUGCAACCUAUCAAUGAACCGACAGCUAAGCCUGCUGACACAACACCUGUACUACAAGCUUCGAAUCGACGAAAAACAGUUGGUGGCGUUUGUCUCCCAGCGGGUAAUAAAGUUGCAACGAAUGACAAUAAACCUGCAGCAUCGUGGAUAGACAUUGCUAAACAAAAACAAAAUAAAUUUCAAUCGAUUUCGAAUGAUAAAAAACAUGAGAAUGAAUCUGAACAAGCUGUUUUACAUGAACCAGUGGUAAUAACUCGAAAAACAACGCCAUCUACUGAUGUUCGAUUAAAUCGAAAAUCUAUGUUUGAACAACCAACAAAUCAAUCGAAUUCACAUGUACUAGAACGCGAUUCAAUACGAGCACUGAAAGCCGGCAAUCCGAAUCGUAUCAAUAAUUUAAUUCAAUUUUUUGACAAAUAA